UAUGGUCUUGCUUCAACUCUUGUGAAUCACUACGUUGUCACCGGUCCAGUUUUACCCCGCCUGCCAGUCUGUCCGGUGUCCGUCACGCAGUCGCUAUGGACGCACGCCAAUUUGUUAAACUUCUCCAACUUGGAUUAUCGGACGUUUAGUAUCGGCUUCCCCUUUAACACGACUGACUGAAGAGACUUGCCAGACGCGGAGUUAUGAACAGCAACCCCGAAACAACAGUUUACGCCUGUAUACCCGUGAACCUCUAUCUGGACACAAGACAAUGCUCAGACAUUUGGGGACGUGUUUAGUUGCUGUAUAGUUGUUUCAAGUUACUCGGCAAAUACGGAAUUCUGUUACCCGGUUGUCUUUGCGCUGUCCUUGGAAAGAGAUUAUUGAACGCCUUAAACUUUUAAAGGUGUAAAUAUUUGCCCCCCUAUACGCCGCGAGGACCUUACUGUUACCCCUGGUUUGAAUAGCUGCUACAACUCCAGCCCGGGGCUCGGAAACUGGCCCGCUUCGAGAUAUUUUGUCUUUUAGAGAACGUAUGGUGUUUUAAAAAGACGGCUCUGCUUAAAACGAGUCGGAAGCGUUAGGAAAAUGUACGAGGUUUAACGAAAGAGAUCUUUUGUUACAUGUGAAUGCACGCGGACAGAAUGGCGUCAUAUGUGGACAAUAGUUUUCGGCACGCGAUCAUGAAGAACCCUGCCGACAGGACGCAACAGGAUCUGCAGAUCGUGUACUCGUACCUCCAUGGCAUGGAAGCACUGUCCAACUUGAGAGAACACCAGCUCCGGUUGAUGUGUGAGACAGUACGAUAUGAACAGCAUGAAGCUAAUGAGGUUUUAUACUAUCCUGAUGACAUUGGCACCUGCUGGUAUAUCCUCCUGUCUGGCUCUGUCUUUAUAAAGGAGUCUAUGUUUCUUCCCCGCAGCAGUUUUGGUAAGCGAUCUGCAGGUAGUUUACGUCGUGGUUGUGAGUGUAUCGUCCUUGAGGCUUCAGAAAUGAUUGUGGUGGACUACAUGGACGACAACGACGAGUAUUUCCAAAGACAAGUAUCUCAUCGACAGUCCAGGAGAAGAUUCCGCAAGAUAAACCAGCGUGGAGAACGACAGACUAUAAUUGAUACGGUUGAUCAUUAUCCAGUCAGCAAGCCCCCUCUGCCACCAGGAUACCACUCGGAAUGCUCAAAAUCCCAGCUUCCUGCCGACUUCUCAAAGCUUCACCCCUCUGACAGUUGCCACUCCCAUAUGACUUCCAGCCAAUCACGGUCCAGCAUCGCUAGUGAUUCGGGAAGUAGCAGCCUAUCAGAUAUUUACCAGGCCACUGAGAGUGAGUGUGGGGACAUGGAUCUGAGUGGGCUUCCUGAAACAGCGGUGGACUCAGACGAAGAUGAUGAUGAGGAAGACGUAGGGAGGGGAACGGACCCUCUUAUGAGUCGGGAUAUUGUGAGAGACUGUCUGGAGAAAGAUCCGAUGGACCGUACAGAUGAUGACAUUGAGCAGUUGCUGGAGUUUGUGCAGCAGCUCCCUGCAUUUGCCAGUCUGAGUGUUUCAGUGCGGAGGGAACUCUGCGCUGUCAUGGUGUUCGCGGUCGUGGAACGGGCUGGAACUAUCGUGCUCAACCAUGGUGAAGAGCUGGACUCAUGGUCAGUCAUUCUGAAUGGAGCAGUAGAGGUUAUCAAUCCAGAUGGCCGCUCUGAGAAUGUGUGUAUGGGUGGAAGUUUUGGCGUCUCCCCUUCUUUGGAGAAACAGCUGAUGACUGGAGUCAUGAGGACCAAAGUGGACGACUGUCAGUUUGUGUGUAUUGCCCAACAGGACUACUGCUGCAUUCUGAAUCAGGUUGAGCAGAACACACAGCGAGUGGAGGAGGAAGGAGAAAUCGUCAUGGUAAAAGAACACAGAGAACUUGACAGGACGGGCACCCGCAAGGGACACAUUGUUGUCAAGGGUACUGCUGAGAGGCUAAUGCAGCACUUAGUGGAGGAUCAUUCAGUCGUGGACCCCACAUAUAUUGAAGACUUCCUGUUGACCUAUCGUACCUUCUUGCCCAGCCCUCUGAUUUUGGGACAGAGACUUCUGGACUGGUUUAAUGACCCCAGUUUACGGGACAAGGUAACCCGAGUUGUAUUGUUAUGGGUUAACAAUCACUUUAGUGACUUUGAAGGAGACCCUGAUAUGACCAGUUUUUUGGAGGAGUUCCAGAGCAAUCUGGAAAAAGAGAAAAUGACAGGACAGUUGCGGCUGCUCAACAUAGCUUGUGCUGCUAAAGCCAAACCCAGAGUGAUUACUAUAGCAAGAACUGCUCGAGAGAUACCCCUCCCCUUCACACUUAUUGGAGGAGCUGAACGUGGGACGCGCCUCUUUAUCAGUAGCGUAGAAGUCGGCAGCAAAGCAGAGGAGGCGGGGCUUAAACGUGGAGACCAGAUAUUGGAGGUGAACGGACAGACGUUUGAGAACGUGCAGUUGUCCAAAGCAAUUGAAAUUCUCAAGAACAACAUACAGCUCUGUAUGAGUGUCAAAACCAACCUUCUGGUCUUCAAGGAGUUGGUGGCCAGGGUGGCAGAGGAAAGGAAAAACGGCGUUCCUCAUCUUCCAAAGAUUGGUGACGGAAAGAAAAAUAGCCGCUAUUCUGUACCUGAACUUGGGGCUGGAUCUGAUGUGAUUGGUCAAGAAAAGGUCAGCAAGAAGGUCAAAGCUCAUACAGUGGGCGGUCGAAACAAACUGAUGAAGAUUCUAGACAAGACGCGCAUGAGCAUCCUACCUCAGAAACCUUACAGUGACCUCGGGUUAGGGCAGACUCAGGAUGACAGCAUUGUGGGAUUACGGCAGAACAAACAAACUCCGACCACUAUGCCAGUCAGCGGAAAUCUCUCAUCCAGUAACCCUGACUUGGCCCAAGGCCAACAACGCAUCAUCGACUACAGUACACAGCCACCAGCAUCUGGAUUCACUCAAUUGCAAGACCAGGUGCUGCGAGUUUUCAAGGCAGACCAACAAAGUCGUUUCUUGCUGAUCAAUAGGGACACCACAGCGAGAGAAGCAGCCAAUCAGGCAAUGCGAGAGUUUGGCUUGACCACAAGUCCCGAGGCCUAUUCACUUUGUGAGGUGUCAGUCACACAGGAGGGCGUUAUCAAACAGAGGCGACUUCCUGAUCAACUCUCUAAACUGGCUGACAGGAUACAGCUGAGUGCUAGGUACUAUCUAAAGAACAACACUGAGACGGAGACACUGUGUUCAGAUGUGGAAGCACAGGAAAUGCAGCGAGAAUCUGUGGUCCCUCUGCUGUCCUUAAGCUCCAUGGAGAUAGCCAAUCAGCUGUCAGCACGCAACUAUCUGCUCUUCUCCAGCAUUGAACCGACGGAUUACAUAAAUGACCUCUUCAAGCUCCACCCACAAGAUCCUCCCACCAACCUGCGCAACUUUGAGUAUCUUGUAAACCAGGAGACUUUCUGGGUCGCCACAGAGAUUGUACAGGAAACCAACCAAGCCAAAAGAAUGAAGAUCAUCAAGCACUUUAUAAAGAUUGCUCUUCACUGCCGUGACUGCAAGAACUUCAACUCCAUGUUUGCCAUUAUCAGUGGGUUCAAUCUAGCACCUGUCUCUCGGUUGCGAUCUACAUGGGAACGAUUGCCUGGAAAAUACGAGAAGCUUUUGGCAGAAUUACAGGACGUUUUCGACCCCUCUCGCAACAUGGCCAAAUACCGUAACCUCCUCAACAAACACAACCUGCAGCCGCCAGUUAUCCCUCUGUUUCCUGUCAUUAAGAAAGACCUCACCUUCCUCCAUGAGGGCAACAACUCUAAGGUGGAUGGUCUGGUGAAUUUUGAGAAGUUGAGGAUGAUUGCACGAGAGAUCCGACACGUUGUUCGAAUGGCUUCCAUCACUAUGGACCCUGCAUUGCUUUUUAAGACUAGGAAGAAAAAGUGGAGGAGUCUUGGGUCUCUAAGCCAGGUGAGCAGCUCCUCUCUCUCGGACAUCGGAACGAUGGGCGGGAAGAGGAAAGGGAGGCGCAGCUCUUUUCUCAGUGCUAAGAAACUCUACGAGGUGGAGAUGAUGAGCAGACGUGUGCGGCAGUAUCUGGACACUCAAUCACAUGAGAGUAAUGAAGACACACUCCAAGAACUCUCCAUGCAAUGUGAGCCCGCCAACAGCUCAACACUGAAGAACUCAGGUGAGAGGAGGCGAUUGGAUGCAUCUCCUGUCGGUCAGAGAAGCACCACUCCGCAGCAAACAAAUGGAAGUCACGGUGUCAAGAAAUCACUUGACAAAGAGUUGCCACCAUUUGGUGCCCAGUCUCCUCAGUCUCUCCAUAAGAUUUUGUCUCUGUCAGAAAAGGGGAGGGACAGGCAGCGAAAGCCACCUGAGGACAGCCAAUCAAAUGCUUCCUCUCUACUCUCCUCUCCACGUACCUCACCUCACAAUACACCUAGAAAAGCCCCACAGUUAGUGGUGAGUGAAGCAUCAGAUCAGUUGAGUCUGUUAAGCUCCUCCUCCUCUGAUCUCAUCAUGGUUGAUGACCACACACAUGUGCAGCCCCAUACACUUGCUCACCCACUCAGCUCACGUAGAGCAGAGCCUGACCAAAUAAGCCUGGGAUCCUACUCCUUGACUCAGGAUCAGUGUGACCGUGCGUCGUUGGACGCAGUAGACAGUGGCCGUGGCAGCUGGACGUCCUGCUCCAGUGGUUCCCAUGACAAUAUCCAGAGCAUUCCACAGCGUGUGGGUUAUUAUGACAACCGCAGCUGGGAGACGCUGUCAGAAGGGAUGGGACGUAGUCACGUGACCACACCUACCGGUUACUGGGGUGAUGAACAGGAAGGCGACACAGGAACGAUAAAAAGAAGAGGUGGAAAAGAUGAGACUCCAAAUACAAACAAGAAUCCUGUGAGUCGAAGGGAGGGACGUUUUAGAGACCCGCCGCCCACACCACCUGGUUAUACUGCUCUGUCAUUGGCUGAGGCAGACAACCUCAGUCAUGCUCAUGGGCGACGCCCACCAGACUACACUGCCGCUCUGCAGAGGUCUCGAUUCCUUAAAAGGUCAUGUGAUGCUCCUCCAGUGCACCCAUCGAGUAGAUUACCAGCUUACUGCCAGUCACCACGACGACCACAACCGGAUGAAAAUGAGCAGAUAUCUGCAGUGUAACAAGGGCCCCUUAUAAUAUCUCUACCCCCAGUGUUUCACAACCUUGGCCUGGAUUGAAAUAUAGCAAAGCAUUUAGGACCUUAAUGGAGAUCACUGUGAAAGAGGAAAGGAGCAGAGAAAGGCACUUUUAACAUAAGUUCUGCAAAACAAAGACAAGAAGGAACAAACAGAUUGUUGAGUAAUAGAAUGAAGAACAUAGUCGUGUUUUAAGUACAGAAUGAUGAUAGGUGUUGCACAUAAUGUAAUAUCAGUGUUAUAAAACCAUGGAAACCAGUAUUAUGCCAUUUCAUUUCAGUUUUAAUCUGCCAUGUUACUUUAGAUUGUAAUGUGUUACAGAAAGUGUGUGUGUGUGUGUGUGUGAGUGAGUGAAUCAAUCACAGGAGAUGUAUCUCUCUUCGGACACUUGAAGACAGAAAGAUAAGACUGAGGAAGCUGCCUCUCACAGACCUCAAUAUCAGUGUUUAAUGUUACUCACAAGUAUAUGAUUAUUUUAAACAUGCCUUUUCUCAUUUGAUCGUGACCCUAAAAACUUUCCAAAUGUGCCCACAAGAUUCUGUUUGAAAAGAUUUUAAUGUUUUGUAUUUUUAUUUAAUUUUAUCUGUCAGUGUCAUUGUUUCUGGCUGUCAAAAUGUAUGGCACAAAUCCUGAAUUGUUGCACAAAUUUUCAAAAGCAAGAGAUGGUAGUCAAGAAAAUGUAAAUUAUAGUUGUUGCAUAGAUGUUAGGUGGUUAUGAUAUGGUCAGUAAAUAGUUACAAUAUAUUUUAUAUAGAAUGUCAUGAGUUCAAAUGUAUCGCUUUUAGCUCCUUGUGUUUCUACCCAGCCAAAUCUAUAAGAAUCACAUGUAUUUCUACGUCUUUUACAAAGACAACUGGCAAAGUCUGUAACUACUUUUGUAUUUUUAAUACAACUAUUGUAAAUAUUGGUUAUAUUUUGUUAAAGAUUUCAGAGACCUAUUCUGUUUAUUGGACACAAUUCAGCUACAAAUGACUGAAGGAAAAUAAACACUGUAGCAAUGAAA